GCCUACCAGCCGCCGGUUCUGCCGCACCGCACCGCAUCGCGCCGGCUCCGGGGCGCCUGCUGCGGCUCGGGAGUAGCGGACGGGGGAAAAGAGAAUCCGGCCGGUCCGGAGGAGCGGCCUGCCCGCCCGCGGCGCCGCCGCCGGGAGCGCGGGUUCAUCUGCGGUGCGUGCCGCUGGGCCUGGCAGUCAUCGCAGCUUCAAAGCGUAUGUUCAAACGCCUCUUGGUUCUCCGUCUGAAGGAACCGGUUCUAAUUCUGUCUGGAGAAACUUUACUGAUUGGGAUUUUUUCACAGUUUUUGAACCUAUUGGAGAUCGUGUCAAAAUGGAACGUGAGUGUAUGGAGAAGAUCAACAAUUACUGUCAAAAGCAGAAAUUUACCCUGGUUUAUGCUGAUGUCAGCAUGACUGGCCCAUCUCAUGAUCCUGAGUAAGUUCACUACGCACCUCAGUAGCCAUCAGGACUCUUCCUGCAAUAAAUGAAGUAGAUAAAACUUGAAGUUAUAAAAGUGAACUUACUAGAAGUGUGUGUGUGGCGGGAGAGCUGGUUGAAACCAUAAACUGAGUGGUUCACAGUUGUGGUUAAGAUAAAUAAUGUAAAAUAUGGUACAGGCACUGGUAAAAAUAAGAAGGCGGCAAAAGCAAUUGCAGCAAAAAAGACCUGGGAAAUGAUUGAGAAACUGCCAGAGAGUCCUUCAAAUAUGCAAGCUGCAGAAUUACCAGCAACUAGGAUGAUCACAUUACCUGUACUAUCCGAUGACUAUGUCAGCCUACUAAAUAUGUAUUCACAAAAGACCUUGCAACUAGUUGAUUAUCGUAACAAAAAAAGUAUUGGAGAUGCCCAUGCUCCUGUGUUUUCUUGUAGCUGUACAAUUAGUGGUUAUGUGUAUGGGAAUGGCACUGGACCAUCUGUAGCUGCUGCAAAACGAGCUGCUGCAAAACAAGCGUUUGAGGAGCUAAUUAAGCAAGGCAUUAUAACAAUGGGAAAUGAAACAUCUAACAGCAACUCUACAUUUAGCGAAGAUAGUAAUUCCUCUCAAGCGUCAACUCAGUCUGACUUGGAUCACUUAUUUUUCAGUAACAACAGUAUUUGCUUUAAAGUCUCAGCUGCAAAUUUGGCAGAAAAAGUGAACGACAUGGCAUUAUGUGAAAAGCCUUCACCUUCUCAGAGAAACACACCAAGUCCUGCUCUGAAACACCAAAGAAAAUUGGCAGCUAAUUUUGAUAACGCGAGAGACGUUAAGGAAGAGAUAAAAAAGGAAGAGAUAAAAAAGAUGUCAGAUGAGAGUUUGCCAGGUUUGGACACAAAUACCAGUGAGGAAAACGAAAGUCCAUACACUGUGAAUAAAAGAUUCCUUGAGAGUUUUAAAAAUAUAGAGCCUAUUGGUGAAGGUGGCUUUGGGAAUGUUUUCAAAGCAACAGCAAAGCUUGAUGAGAGGACCUAUGCAGUCAAACGAGUUCAAUUCACAAAGAAUGUGCGUGAAGUAAAACAACUUGCAGCACUUGCCCACGAAAACAUAGUGCGGUAUUACAAUAGCUGGAAAGGGUACGACCAUGUAACUUCUCCAGACUCAAGGCAGAAGGCAGACAAAGAAAUUCUCUGCCUUUUCAUUCAAAUGGAAUUAUGUGAACAAGGGCCAUUGGAAAACUGGAUUGAAAGGAAUAGACAAGACCAAAAGUAUCAUGUGAUGGCACAAACCAAGUUUUUACAAAUACUGAAAGGAGUGGAAUAUAUUCAUUCUAAAGACUUAAUUCAUCGAGACCUCAAGCCUCAGAAUAUAUUCAUAUCACAUGAAGAUAAAAUAAAAAUAGGUGACUUUGGUCUUGUGACUUCUGUGGCACGUGAGAAUCUGACUGAGAACACAGGAACAAAAUCAUAUAUGGCACCAGAACAGUUCGGGCACAAAUAUGGAAAGGAAGUAGAUAUUUAUGCACUGGGGUUAAUUUGGUUUGAGAUUCUUUCGGCAUUCAGUUAUCAUGAGAAAUUUAAGAACAGUGACGUAGCUGCUGAGGAUCUUGUCAAAAGUAAUUGCAAGACAUAUGGUUGGACCCAGGAGCUCUUGAACAGCUGGCUUGGUCCUUUUGCCAGUAUGAGGAAAUCAUACAAAUGUGUCUGCUUGACUCACAGGUUCAACCUGGGUCUCUUCAGCUACCUUAUAACAUUUUCUAAGACAUCUUGCUCCUGCUCACAGCUGACUAUUCUAAUGUGCCCACAGUUCCAUGGUGUUACAGGCAAAAGGUCAAGACCAAUUAUUUAGUCUUGUUUCUUUAAAGCACAAAAAUCUUGUGUCUAUAGAUAGGUGGGGAAGUCAUGCGAAUGGAAAGUCCUAGGAUGGUCUUCAGCUGCUCCAUCAGUUUAGAGAACAAUUUCCCUUAAUGGAGCAUGAUAAACUCUGCUGUAUGUUGCUGGCAAGCCCUGCUCAAAGAACAUCAUGCAUAAGCAAAGCUAAUGCUUAUGAGUAACUGGUUCAGCUGAUGCUCACCAGCAGGUAGGCUCACAGGCCUAAAGCUGAAGAGUAGGGAAAAAGUUCUAAGUUCACGGGAGCUGUUGUUUUACUGGAUACUGGUUAUAAGGGCUUGCUAAGCUAGGCUGUAGCAUCCAUAAGACUGGCUAAUGAUUCAGGAUGCACAGCUGUGUGCAAGAACAGGACUGUCAUCUUCUUCAGGCAAAAAUUAACUGGAUAACAGCAAAUGGAUGAUGUGGACUGCUCUGUUUACCCAGAAAGCGACAUCAUGCGGGAAAAAAAACCCCAGAAGUUGAAAGCAUGUGAUUAGCAAUGUUUCCAUGUUAGUUGCUUUGAACUCCACGUAGCAUUUUCUGCAGUGACGUGUGUGGUACUGAAGAAGGUAAAAGGGAAGAACCAUACCAACUUGGCUUGCAAAUAGUAACAUCCAAAGGAGGAAAUCUAAGGAAAAAUCCAAAGUAAAGAAAUACUGGUUUGUGGUGGGUGUGUUUGGUUUUGGUGUUUGGUGUUGGUUUCUUUGGAGUUUUUUCUGUUUUUGUGGUUUUUUUGUGUUUUUUUUUUUUAUGUGGUAAGAGGAUAUAAACCACUACUUCUAAAUUAAGAAAAGAAGGAUAAUGGUUUUGAGGUAGAGGAUUGCUGGAACAAACACAUUGUUGUAGAGUGUGAAACCUUAAACUUAAAAAGGGACAACAGCUGAUGAAAAAAACACAAAACCAAAACAAAGUACAAUUAAAUUUAAAUAACUUUCAAACUGUUACAGUUACUUUCUUUUUGAAACGAAAGAGCUUUCUGAAGCCCUACCUUUUUCGUACAGUUACAUUUUCCUAAUUACUUCCGUAAACUAUCUGAGUCAUAAAGUGAGAUGCAAAAUAUAAUAAAUGAAAACAUCCUAAACCUGUUCUUUUUUAUGAAUCUCAGGUAUGGCAUGAGGUUAGAGACGGUAAACUUCCAGAGAGCUUCACCAACCGAUUUCUAACAGAGGUAUGGGAUUUUAAUACAUUGUUUCAAUUAGUUUAUUUACUUGUUAAAAAUAAUUUAUUGACAUUUAAUUUCUUUUUGCAGGCACCCAUAAUCAAAAAGAUGCUUUCAAGAGACCCUUCAGGAAGAUACUCUGCAUCUCAAAUACUUGAGCUUUUGAAGUCUGGUGAUCAAGGCCAGCCAUUUAGAACUCGUACUCUGUAAAUGCCCUUUGAGAAAGCUUUCAGACUGUGUUUAAAUCCAGAGCUGGAAGUCUCUUAAAACUGAUGAAAUACCAGUACACGUCAGAAGCAACAGCAAGACUUGGGUUAUGUCUUUUCCUUGGUCUUUUGCCUUGCUGCCAUUGAGAAGCUUGUCAGGGUCAUAUCACCAUUCACACCCAUCAGCUGCAGAGCAGGGCAGCAUACUUCUGCAAGCAAUCACGUGUGAUUUUACCUGAAAACACAGGUUGGAUGAGCUGAACUAUAUUCUAUAGUAAUUUUGGUAGAGAAUAUACUAGGUAUUAGUGUGGGUUAUUCUUCACUGAAUUUCAGUUCUUUACAGUGAAUGUCCUUAGCUCUACAUUCCUGUUGAACACCUACUACCUUCAGUGCUCUAGAACUUAAAAAUACAGUAAUCGAGUUUAGAUUUGCUUUAAACUUCUGAAAACCUUAGGUUUUGAGUGGGUGCUUGGUUAAAAGGAACAAUAUAAAUGAACAUAUAGUAAUUUUUAUAUUCUUAUGGAAAUUAUUGCUGAUCUUCAAGCAUUUAUUGCUAAGUAAGAAUCUGAUCUACAUCCUUUUCUAAAGCUUGAAGUGGUUUUUGUUUUUGCCUUAUCAUGAAUCACAAAUACACAAUCAAUCAUAGAACAGUUUGGGUUGGAAGGGACGUUAACGAUCAUCUAGUUCCAAGUCCCCAGCAACAAAGGCAAGGAAACCUUCCACUAGACUAGGUUGCUCCAAACCCCAUCCAGCCUGGCCUUGAACACUGCCAGGGAUGGGGCAGCCACAGCUUCUCUUGGCAAUUUGUUACAGUCUCUUGCCAUACUCAUAGAAAAGAAUUUUUUCCUAAUGUCUUAUCAAAAUUUACUCUCUUUCAGUCAAAGCCAUUCCUCCUUGUCUUGUCACUAUGCACCCUUGUAAAAAGUCUCUCUCCAGAAUUCCUGUAAGCCUCCUUUAGGCACUGGAAGGCUGCUCUAAGGUCCCCUUCCAAAGCCUUCUCUUCUCCAGGCUGAACAAUCCCAACCCAAGCGGCUUAGGAACUUCAUCCCAGUUCCCUCAGGACCUGUGGAUGCAUCUAAUCAGGUCCCAUGGACUUGUGCAUCUUCAGAUUCUUUAGAUGGUCUCAAGCCUGAUCGCCCACAGCAGGUUCUUCAUUCUCCCCAAAGGCAUCCCUGCCUUUGCCUUCUACAACUUGGGUGGUGUGGCUGGAGCACUUGCUGGUGAAGACUGAGGAAAAAAAUGUCAUUGCCCACCUCAGCCUUCUCCAUGUCUCAGGUAACCAAGUCUCCUGUUUUCUUCCAGAGGCGGCCCACAUUUCCCCUAGUCCUCAUUUUAUCACCAACAUACCUACAGAAGCUUUUCUUGUCGCCGUUGAUGUUCCUGGCCAGAUUUAAUUCUACCAGGGCUUUAGCUUUCCUAGCCUGCUCCCUGGCUGGGAUACGUACAGCAUUUUACUAUUCUGGACUAACUAGUAUUUCUUUGUUGUGGUCAAGAUCUGGAAGAAAUUAUACCCUGACAAAGACAAAAUACCAGUAGUUCCACUGUCUCUUCCCUUUCACCCACUGGGAUAUAACUGACAUACAGUUGGAUUCAAUCUUAAAUAUCUUGUCAAACCUUAAUGAUUCUGUAAUUCUAUACAACUACUCUUACAAUAUGAAAACCGGUACGUGACAAACUUUAUAGUUCUUGGACAGAGCAUCCAUAAUACCAUUACCUUGUGACUGUUAAGUAAUACUGACCCUGUCCCAGUAUUUUUUGAUACUUUUUUUGUAGUAUUUGUGUAUUUCAGCAGCACGUUUCUAUUAGUGACUGUUUACAGUAACAACUGCUGUUCCCUAAAAGGUCUACUAAAAUAUAUUUUUAUAUAUAAAAAACCCUCCAACAACAUGAUCUAGCGCUAUUCAAUCAUGCAAAAUAUGCACCUUUAUGUGCAACAGAAUAUUGGUUCAAAUAAUGUCCCUGUAAUGUUUCACAACCUUUUUUUCCCACCAGGUCUAAGAUGCUAAAGAAAAAAAAGUGAUGUUUAGUUAUCUUUGAAAAGAUGAAAAAUAAAUCCUGUUUAACACAUUAUACAACGGAGUAACUAACCAGUAUUUAUUCCUUACUCAAACCUGAAUUUUAUUAUCAGCUGAUCUUGUUCAGUUGGGUGGGGCAUAAGCGAAGACUGGAAGGCUUAACCUGUCUCUAAUAUCGUAGUUCAAUUAUAAAUGCAAAGUUUUAACCCUAUUAAUUCAUGCAUCAAGUAGAGAAUCUGCAAGAUGCUUCAGAAAUGUGAGUUUAACCUGCCAACUAUCCUUCUGUGUACUUUGAUACAAAUUCUUCUGUAUGGCACAGCUCCAUACCUUCUAAAAGAUAUUAUGAAC